AUGGCUCUGAAAAAGCUUUCUGGGAGAGAGGGUGUGCCAGAUAAACUCAAGAAGAGCCACCCAUCUAUGGAUGUCAGCAUGGAUGAUGAGGUUACGUCUAGCCACGACUACGGCUCCAGCCACCCCAGCAAGUCCUUCGAUAAGACGAUGGCUUCUGACCAUCUUGAGCCGGUUCCCGCCUUCUUUCAUGCCUGGCUCUAUACACUGUCUGUGGAUUGCGUUACCUCCUUCCUUGACGAGGUUGACAACCACUAUAACCACGACGUUGACCCGACAAAUGGGCAGCUCUUGGAGAAGAUUGAGCAGCCAGAAACUAUCGUGGACAUUGAGGAGGAAACAAAAAUGAAGCCUGCAUUGCUUCACCGUCGCCGUGAUUGGACAAGUAACCUGGUCAUCCAUCGCGAGAUUACAAUUCGCAGGAACCUGAUGCGUCGCCAGCAAGAGGAGACAGAGCGCGAGCGCCGCAACCUGCUUACACAAGAGCGAGAGCCAAACGAAAGCAGAGACAUGUCAAGUACGGUCAAAGUUGCCGUAGAAUCUAUCUCGAUUGACAGGAAGCUCCUUGCCGACUGCGUCUUGCGUCCGGUCCAGCUCAGCGAUGCGAAGGAUUGCGCUGAGAUCUACAACGCAGCCGUGGCCAACCAUGACUACCAGGUGGUCGACACCAAUCCAAUCUCAGCUCAGCGGUUCGAAUUCAUUGUCACUGAGUGCCGGAGAGAGAAGCUGCCCUUCGUUGUCGCUGCUAUGCAGAAGGUUGACCUGUCAGAUCUCAAGAACUGGCCGUCUCCAGAGGCUUAUCGGCAGUAUAUGAAAUGGAAGAGAUCACAGCCCGAAGAGAACGAAACGACCGAAAACAGCAUUUACGGCUUCGCAUUUCUCAAGCCGUAUGAGAAAGGAAUCGGUGGACUCGCCGGUACGGCGUCCCCUGCUGUGAUGGCGACCGUCUUCGUCCACCCGGAUCAUCGACGUGGCGGCAUCGGCAGUGCGCUUCUCCACCAGCUUCUUACGCAGACUUCGAUCUUGUACUAUGGCAAUGUUGUCGAGUACAAGUGGGAUGACCCUACAACUGGAGGAGAUUCCUUCCGCACGCCAAACUUCCGCAAUGUUCACCGUAUUAUCGUCCACACCAUGGUCAAGAGCGAGGACAGCCAGGACCUCAAAUGGAUGGACAAGUUUAUGACUUCAUUCCAGUUUGAAAAGUCUGGCCGCCUCAACCAAGUCUACAGGCACUGGGCGAACAAGAUCGACAACGUCCGUACCUUGCACGCGGGCGACGAGUCCGAGUGCUCCUACGAUUAUCCCGGAAAAUCACACUCCCCCAGGCACCGCCGAGUCCAGUCUCGCGUCGCGGGUGAAGAGCUUUGUUACAGUGCCAGUCACAACAGCGACGAUGUCUUUGGUCACUGA